UCAGCAGAAUUAGGGGCGUUAAAUUCACAACAGUCUAAUUAAAACGAAUCGCUUUAAUUAACACAAAAAACCUGAAGGAGAAUUAGUUUUAUCCAUUCAUUAGCCUCCGUCUGAUUGGCUGCACCAACUCACACAGACACUGAACCUCACAUUAAAAAGAUGUGAGUUCUUCUCUUCACUGUCAGGAACAGAACUGUUUCAAACUAAAGUCAGUAAAAAGAAAAACUUUUUUCCACUUUUAUCAGAAACACCAGUCGGUGUCAAGUACAAUUACAACAUAAUUAACUUCAAAUACCACCUUAAAAACCAUGUUUUUCCCCUUUGUUUUCAUCCAAAGAAGUACAAAAAUAUCAGAUAUCUAUAGUUAUUUAUUCUCAUUUAAAGAAAUAAAAUUUUACAAAAAAUAUCCUCAACAUAAUGUUUUUUUGUAUUUUUUUUUUUAAUUCAUCAAGCGGACCGGAUUGAACGCCCUAGCGGGCUAGUUUUGGACCACAGGCCAUAUGUUUGACAACAUUUUCUUUUGCUUUGGUUUUAAGGUGGAUUCAACGUUCUUCUACUUCAGCUUUUUCUCUCCACGUAUAUUAGAUAUUUAUUAAUAUUUAUUUAUAUUUAAUAAAAAAUAUAAUUUUACUAAAAAAAAAAAUCUGAAUACGACAUGUUUGUGUAUACGUUUUAUUUUCAAAAAUUCAUCAACGCCACACGUCUCCCUGACAAAGACAGGAGUGUUAACAGCGUUAGGUCCAUAAUUAGAGUCAUUAUGGUGACGUGAGGUGACGUGGGUGCGGUGGCCGAUGUGGUGAACUGCAGGCUGCGUCCAUAAUUACAGACUUCACAGUCGCAGCAGUGACGACCAGGAGAGAGAAUUGAUUUUACACUUAGACGAGGCAGCGGUGUGUUCUACUGUAACAGUGUGUGAUAUGGGAGGGGGUGAGAGAGGGAGAGAGAGAGGGAGGGAGGGAGGCAGAGAGAGAGAGAGAGAGGGAGAGAUGUGGAUGAGUGGAGCAGUACUGGGGGAGAACUAAUCAGUGGUUUUGUUGGUUGAUUGAACGUGGCUGCUGUGAUCAUGUCAGACUGAACCAAACUGAAGGUGAAAUACUUCCGUCUCUCCUCCGACAUAUAUUUCUGUCCUAGCCUGCUGGCAGCAUGGAGAACAACACCACCGUCUUCCACAACGCCACUCAGGAGUCGGACGGGACCAGAAUGCCUCUGAAGCCUCUGGAGGAGCAGGUUGUGACGAUUCUUCUGACGCUGCUCAUUUGCGGCGUCGGGAUCUCGGGGAACAUCAUGGUGGUCCUGGUGGUGCUGCGGACCAAGCACAUGGUCACGCCCACCAACUGUUACCUGGUCAGCCUGGCGGUGGCCGACCUCAUCGUGCUCUUGUCUGCGGGUUUGCCCAACAUCUCCGACGUGGUGGCCUUCUGGAUAUACGGCUACACGGGGUGUCUGUGCAUCACGUACCUCCAGUAUCUGGGCAUCAACGUGUCGUCCUGCUCCAUCAUGGCCUUCACCGUGGAGCGCUACAUCGCCAUCUGCCACUCCAUCAAGGCGCAGUUCAUCUGCACCGUGUCGCGGGCCAAAAGGAUCAUCGCGGGAGUCUGGGUCUUCACCUCGCUCUACUGCAUCAUGUGGUUCUUCUUGGUGGACACGGACGAGACCACCUACGCCAACGGGGUGGUGGUCACGUGUGGGUACCGCGUCUCCAGGACCCUCUACAUGCCCAUCUACUUCCUGGACUUCACGCUGUUCUACGUCGCCCCCCUCUGUGUGGCGCUGGUCCUUUACGGGCUCAUUGCGAGGAUUCUGUUCAUGAGCCCGCUGCCGUCCCACCUCAACGACAGGGCCGGGGGUGGGUCGGUUCACCAGGGUCAGGCGGGCAACGCCAACAAGAGCAGCAUGGGGGCAGUCUUCGCAAGGAAGCAGAUCACAAAGAUGCUGGCGGUGGUGGUCGCCCUCUUCGCCCUGCUCUGGAUGCCGUACCGAACCCUGGUGGUGGUCAACUCCUUCAUCGACCCGCCCUACCACGGCCCCUGGUUCCUGCUCUUCUGUCGCAUGUGCAUCUACACCAACAGUGCCAUCAACCCCAUCGUCUACAACCUCAUGUCCCAGAAGUUUCAGGUCGCCUUCAAAAAGCUCUGCCGCUGCAGCUGGAGACGCCAGAAAGAAGACACCGAGUUCAACACGCCCGUGUGCUACAGCGUCGUCAAGGACUCCUCGCACGAGAGCAACGAGCCGGUCACGGAGCACGAGGACGUCGGCGGCCAAACCAUCAAGAGGUUCAACAUAAGGCACAAACACCUCACUGGUUCGCACGCGUCUCCUGAUGAAAUGUAAUUAUUGACGUUGUUUUUUUGUUUUUUUUAGUGUGCAACUGCUCCCCCUUGUGGCUGAAGUACUUUGUGUUUUGCAGUGUGUAUUUGGGUUGUGACAGUUUUGGUCAAUGUGUUAAGACUUUGUAAAUUUGUUGUGCGAAAAAAAUAAACGUAUUAGCAUCCAAUUUUCAUCCUGGAGGAUGACCUUUGACACCAGGUCACGACCCUGUCUGGUCUAAGGACUGAAAUCCACUUUCUUUCCGAUGUUUAGUCAUGUAGAAUGUUGUGUUCUCCAGACAUGAAGUGUAGUAUGUUAGCAGUGUUUCUAAACCGCUGGGUCGCGGUACAUUAGUGUACCGUGGAAACUUAUCCAAUUUUAAUUCAUUGGUCUGAAAAAUAUUAUUUAUUUUCUAAUAAUUUGUCAAUGUGUCAGUGACUGACAGAAUAGUCAAUACUCAUCCAUUAGGUGGCAGCAAAUGGUGAUUAAAAACUCAAAAACAGACUCGUUUUCAACUAAACAGGACCAGGUUCCACACCUGGUAAGUCAUGAUUUACCUGAUGUAAAGUCAGGUUGAUUAACAUACAACUUUAACACAGAAUGUAUAAAAUAUACUACAAUACAUGUCUGGAAAACAUAAAUUCCCACAAACCUGAUAGUAGGAUUGUAUUACAUAAUUAUUCGUACCGUUUUAUUACAGCGGGGAAAAAAAAGUAUUUUCCACAAAAACUUUUCCGUCCUCUUUAUACCACUGAUUAAUUACCCAUUGAUGAUAAUAUAAUUUUAAUUUAAGUGUUUGAGUGUUAAUGAAAUAAUAAACUGUCUUUUCCUGCGAUGAAUUUCUGUCUCUCUGUAGAUCUUUCUAGAUCUUUCUGCUCUGUAGCCAUUGGUUGUUGUAGUGAUUAUUAAAGCAGAUGAAUAAAACAUGGAUGGAGGCCCAGCUGAGACCGACGCGUGUGUGUUUUUACACAUUAAUUCCUCCGAACGACAAAGAAAACAAAGAUCAGUUCCAACCUGAGGAUGAAUUAUUUAUACAGCGAUGUCGGUGAAGAGCUCUCGUCUCGGCGUCAUCUACCUG